GGGACUUAACAGCCGGGGUUGGUCUUUCCGCCUUUCCUCUCACGGUUUGGCCAUGGCCGGGGACGGGUUGGGGCUGCGGUGGUUGCUGUCUGCGGUGUUGUUGCUGAGUGGGGUGCGAGCUGAAACCUGCACAGAACCAGCCAUAUCUCCGUCUUACUACACUACCUCUGAUGCUGUCAUUUCUUCUGAGACUGUCUUUGUUGUUGAGAUCUCCCUCACUUGUAAGAAUGGAGCUCAAAAUGUUGCCCUAUAUGCCGAUGUCAAUGGGAAGCAGUUUCCUGUUACUCGGGGCCAGGAUGUUGGCCGCUAUCAGGUCUCUUGGAGCAUGGAGCACAAGCUGGCCCGCUCUGGCACCUAUGAGGUGAAGUUCUUUGAUGAGGAAUCGUACAGCAUUUUACGGAAGGCUCAACGCAACAACGAGGAUGUCUCUGAGAUCAAGCCAUUGUUUACAGUCAAUGUAGAUCAUCGAGGUGCCUGGAGUGGACCAUGGGUCUCCACCGAGGUGCUGGCAGCCUUCAUUGGUCUCCUGGUGUAUUACAUGGCCUUCAGCGCCAAGAGCAACAUUCAGGCUUAAGCUUUCUUCAGUAAAUCCUUCAUGUCUACC